GGCGACCGGAGCUUCCCUAUUGAUCGCUGCUUGUGUGCCGGGCAAUUUGCUGACCCCAUUCCUAGCCUGUGCCCCAACACGGAGCUGUCACUGCCAACCACACCCUUCCCCACCAACCUGCCUCGCGCAAUAGGCCAUCCGUCCACGCCAGCCGCCAGCCGCCCAGUCGCGCGCGAAGGGGCCAUCAGGCAGACCACCGAGGAGAGUCCUGCGAGCUUCCGCAGCCUCUCUAGCCGCCGCCCGCCCGCCGUCACCGCCGCGCCGCCGCAACACUUCUCGGACGCAAAGCGGCACGCCGCCGCGCUGAGCAAGCAGCCAUGGCGUCGCAACUCGACCUCGACCACGACACCAUGGGCGAGAAAUGCCCGUCGUGCAACGCGCUCCGCUACCUAAACCCGGACAUGGUGCUCAAGACCAACGAGAAGUGCUACCACCAGAUAUGCGACACGUGCGUGCGCCACAACUACGAGAACGGCCAGGCACGCUGCCUCAUCAAGGGCUGCGAAAAGAUCCUGCGCAUGGCCGACUGGCGCACCGCCUUCUUUGCCGACCUGGACGUGGAGCGCGAGGUGGACGUGCGCCGCCGCGUCGCCCGCAUCUUCAACCAGACGGGCGACGACUUCGAGUCGCUGCAGGCGUAUAACGACUACCUCGACAUGGUCGAGACGCUCGUCUUUGACCUCGUCGGCACCGACCGCGCGAGGGCCACGGUCGCAGACGAGAACCUGAAGCGCUACGAGGCCGAGCACAAGGCCCAAAUCGAGCGCAGCCGCCGUAAGGGCGCCGCCGCCGAGGAGCGCGCCCGCCAGCUGCGCGCCGCCGAGCAGGAGGCCGCCGCCGCCCGCCGCCGCGAGGCCCGCGAUAUCGACCGCGACGAGCAGCGCCGCAAGCUACUCGCCCACGAGGACGCGCUUGACACCCUCGCCCGCGCCCCCGAGGGCACCGCCGCCCGCAUCGUCGAGCGCCAGCGCGACCAGCACCGCCUCGAGGCCCUAGCCGACGGCGAGGCCCGCGACCUGCGCGCGGCCGCCGGCGCCGGCGGCCUCUCCAUCCGCGGUCUCAAGGAGAAGAAGAAGGCGGCGGUCGAGGGUCCUUACGAUCCCUUUGGCGGCCUGGACCUGGGCCUGUCGCGCCACCAGCUCCAGGACACGUACCGCAACGACUGGCUCGAGACCUACAAGCACAAGCCCUCGCACGCCACGGGCGGCUACAGCAUGCAGGAGUACUACGCCCGCGCCAUGUUCGAGGCCUUUGCCGGCAUCGCCGUCUUUGUCGAGGACGAAAAGGAGACGGGCCUCGUCACCAGCGGCCCCACGGCCGCCGCCGUUGCCACCCUUGGUGCCUCGCUGGCCGCUGUUAAAGGCACCGCCGGUCGCACCUAGACGGAUGCCGGAUAGCAGGCGGCCAAGGAUGUGCAAGGGGGUUUACACCUCCCGCUCCAAGAUACUUUUAAGUUUUCAUUUUACGUCGUAGAUAUUCCGUUUUUUUGCAUCGCGGAGGCGUCUGGCGCCUCGCACUUGUUUUUGGGUUCAUGUUGGCUGGCAAUCAAUCAAGGAUCAGCGGAUACCCGCCGCUUAUACUUAUCAAGAUACUUAGGUCGGUAGGUAGAGAACAAGGGAAUGGAAGAUAGAUAAAAUUUUCAUUAUAUUUACCAUUGCCCUGCGCAUUUAUUUUUCUCUUUUUCUCUUUUUUUUUCAGGUUGCUGAUCGACUCUCGACUCAGGCGUUUUGGUGAGCAAUUCGAGGUGAGUCGCCACAACGUCCACGUCCAAGCCUCCCAUACAAGCACCGCUUUGUGUUUGUAAAUACAAAGAACCAGAUGGUUAC